UGUGUUUGCUUAAAAUUCAGAUAGUUAAGGCUAUAGUCCAGACUCUGGUUCAAACAGACGAUAUUUAUAUACUCUUGAGAAAGAAUGUAGAAAAUGUUCAAACACAUAUUGUGGAGCAGUAUGUAAGAGAUAAUGUGCAGGCUAGCAAACCCGUAUCAUUGAACACGAUUUAGCUGUAAAAAGAAUGCUAUGGGCUGGCCUGGUGGCUCAGAAAUGUGCUUGCUAUGCAAGGCUGGAGAGCUGAGUUCCAGCUCCAGAAACCAUGUAAAGGUGAAAGGAGAGAACUGACUUUACAGAAUUCCUCUGACCUCCGUAUACAUGCCACGGCAUGCAUAUCCAGCCCCCCCACCCCACCCACCCACUCACAAACACUCAAUUAAUAAAAGAAAUUAAAGAAUUAAAUAACUCUAGAUGCAACAAUAAGAGAAUAGGCUUAAGGUGUAUUCUAAAAUUAAGCAACUUCCAGAAACUUCUGCAUAAUAUAAUAUCAAAUCCUUUACAAAAAUGAGUGUUGUACAUUAAUAGAAUGAGUGUAAGAGAAAAAUGAAUACAUAAAUAAAUGGUAAUUUGGAAAUGGGAAUGUAAGUAAAGUUGGAGAGAAAAAAUAUUUCAGUUUAUGUAUUGCAUCUCUUCAGUUUAAAAAUAGCAUAUCUGAGUUGUUUUCAUUAGAAGAAAAAUUAAAAUUUAGAGACAUAGAAAAAACCUUUAAAAUGAUUCACAAAAUAAUAAUGUGGAAAUUGUUGAUAUGAAAAUACCAAAUAUAUCCUUGAGGAGAUAAACCAUCUAAUUUCAGAUCAUUCAAAUUAUAAGCACACAAAUGUACAGCAAUAUAUGAAGAAAACUCAUAUUUUGAUCACUAUUGUAUUUGGAAUCCAAACCUGAAUAGAAAAUAAACAUUAGAUAUUUUAUAGUCCAAACCCUAAAAUGAGUUUACUAUCCUGUUUUUUUCAUAACAGAGAGAGAGAGAGAGAGACAGACAGACAGACAGACAGACAGACUGGAGAAACUGUUAAGCUGAGAAUGAACAACUCUGGAAACUUGAGAAAAGUACUCUUUACAUGGUUAUUGCUCCCACUGCCCCCCCCCCAACGGAUUGUCUGCAGUUCUGGUUUUGGUCAAAAGAUGGCGCUUACCAGGUUUACUAAAUUUUUUCCAGGCAAUUAUUUUUAUAAAGUAAAGAAACAAAUAAUAUAUUAUAUUCUGUUUUAGCAAGCUGUGAGCAUUCACAUGGGGUGUAAUUGAAAAUAUCUGCUGUAUAUAACUGGAAAAGUCCACACAAAGAGAGUGAGUGAUAUGAGAAUUUAUAAACAAAGUACAAAAAACAAAAACACAAAACAAGGUAGUUUGCCAGAAUUUGGCUGAUAGAACAUACAAGGCAGUUAUCAGUUCCCUUCUCUUAUGGCUCUACCUCUUAAUUUUCUGAAUAGAGAUUAUUUCAGCAUGAAACAAAUAGAGUUGUCCUAAAAAGCAUUUCAACGUAUAGAAAUAAGCAGGAAAAUCAGCAUAUCAUGAGAUUAUCAGGGAUGUGAUUUCCCCUCAUUUCUGUGCCUUUAAUUUUUCUUCUAAUGAAAACAACUCAGAUAUGCUAUUUUUAAACUGAAGAGAUGCCAUACAUAAGUUGAAAUAUUUUUUCUCUCCAACUUUACUUACAUUCCCAUUUCCAAAUUACCAUUUAUGUAUUCAUUUUUCUCUUACACUCAUUCUAUUAAUGUACAACACUCAUUUUUGUAAAGGACUUGACACAACCAUCUGAAAUUAGAUGGUUUAUCUCCUCAAUGAUAUAUUUGGUAUUUAGAGUUUGGGUAGGCAGGUUCUCCACAUUUUUUUUUUUCAUUUUAUUGAUCUGAUUUUCUGUCUGCCUUUUACCCAGCCUCAGUUGAUAUCAGACUUGCACCACUUGUGCCCAGAAAGGCAGUGCAGCCAUACAAGUACCCAGGAGAGUGAACGCUCUGCUGGGCAAACAGCUGGAGUGUGAAUCGAAACAUCUGGAUCAUAGUGUCAGACUACCACAGUCCACGUGACAGAGGACGCAGUCAAGCAAGGAAUCAAGUUGUGUACGCUAGAGCCCUGCGUGUAUCCUGCUUGUGAGCGCUCCUGUCAGGCCACAGGGAGUGGCCUUCGGCUCUGCAUCACUGUGGGGGCGGAGCCUUCUCUGAGCAGUGCCUGUGAGUUCUGCCCUGCCAGUCUUGGGGGAGGAGCUGAAUUUUACCAGGCUGCAGCUGACAAGAAGCUUCAAGCCUCGGUUAAUAUCAGAAGUGCAUGUGAUGUGGGAACUCUGCAUGUGAUUUGACUUGAGUCCAGAAAGGCAGUGUAACUACAUACAUGCCCCAUAGGGUGAAAGACUUGCCUGGAAAUCAACUGGCUUGAGAAUCAAGAUAGUUGGAUCAGAUUGCAAGACUGUCACCGUCCACGUGACAGAGGUAUCUUCCAGAGUUCUUAUUCAAACAACAUCUUCAAGUAUCCUGGGGACAUCUGAGAGAGAAAACAGGGAACAUAAACCAUAAACUUUUCGGGGUUCUAAAAUCAAAAGGAACUUUACUAAGACUGUUGUUUUGGUAGCACUUGUAUUUGCAGCCAUAAGGCCAACCAAUCUUUGUCUGUAAUCCUAACUACUUGUCACACUAAUCUAAAUCAUAAUGGAUGGUGAAUAUGUCCUGUGUAAUUGGAAAGAACAGUUAUGGCCAGCAAUAGUCUUAUAUAGGUCUGAAUCUUCAUCCAACAGUAAAAGGAAAAAGACCUUUUCCCUGGAAGUGCAAAUACUUUCACUAGAUGAGAAAAUUACUGUGGACAGCAAAGAUACAAAAGUCCUCAGUAAAUUCGAGGUUGAAGCCAUUAUGUCCUCACUAGCAGGACAGUCAGAGGUGAGAGUUCCACCAAGGGAAGAGACCGCUUAUGAAAGAUCACUGAAAAUGGCACUGGAAAUCGUGAAAGAGAGAACAAAUCAGAUCCAGGAAAGCAUGCAAGAUGGAGAAGACACCACUACAGCAUCUGAAAGUGUGCCGCAACAGCUGUCGGAUUCACCUCCUCCUAAAAAGUAUCGGAAACUUGAAAGCAACCUCCAAGAAGACUCAGCUUCUAUGUUACUAUGCUCAGAGAGUGAUGAUUCCCUGUCUGAUGAUAAGUUGCAGGUGCACACAACCAUUGAUAGUAUUCCAAGUGAAGUGGAAACAAAGUCAUCACAGAACUUCAGCUGGUGCCAAACUUAUCCUUCAUUUCCAGAUGAUGAUGAUGAUAAAAAAGAAGAAAAGAAAAAGAUUGACAUCUCAGCAAUUAUGUCCGUGAAUUUAUCACUCAAAGAGGAAAGUGAAGACAUUAAAGAAGAAAAGUUUGUCCCAUCAUCAGAUGAUCUUGCUGUACCCAAAGAAGAGUCCCAUGACAUCAUCUACUCAGAGGUCCCAGCAGUUUCCUCUGAAUGUUUGGCCUUCCCAGAGAAUAAUAUGGAAGAUCCUGGAGAGGGCCCAUCGAAUCAGAAUCCAUGCUUCUAUGGUAGCCAGAAUCAGUCUUCUGUGGAACCAGAAGUAGGUGCUGAGACCUCCCCUGCAGGGUGCUCAGGGGAUUAUCAGGUUUCACUUCCUGCCUGUAAUCCAGUCAAUAGUGAUCUACUGCUUCAGAGACUGGAUUUAGAAGAUCUUGAGGAAGAAGCCCGAGCUUCUGGCAAGCUAUUGUCUCUGAAUCCUGCUAGUGCAGCUGCAUUAGAUAAUGAUGACGACGACGAUGAUGAAGACCUUCCUCGCUUCAUUCUCUGCUAUGAGACACGUGCAUUUGAAACCGGAAUGAUAGUGUGGUUUAAAUAUCAAAAAUACCCAUUUUGGCCAGCAGUGAUAAAAAGCAUUAGGCGAAAAGAGAGGAAAGCGAGUGUGCUUUUUGUUGAGGCCAACAUGAAUCCUCAAAAGAAAGGUGUUAGAGUAUCUUUCAGAAGAUUAAAAAAAUAUGACUGUAAAGAGAAGCAGGCUCUAGUGGAGAAAGCUAGGGAGGAGUAUAGUGAAAGUAUCGAUUGGUGCGUGUCACUCAUUUGUGACUACAGAGUUAGACUAGGUUGUGGUUCUUUUACAGGCUCAUUCUUUGAGUAUUAUGCUGCUGACAUCAGUUACCCAGUCAGGAAAAUAAUCAAACAAGACACCUUCAGAAAUAUAUUUCCAAAGCUACACAAUGAAGACACAGGGGAACAAAUGGCUGUAACAUCCCAUGCCAAGAGAAUAUCUUUCCAGAAAAUUCUCCCCGACCGGAUGAAGCCUGCUCGGGAUCGAGCUAACAAGAACCUGGUAGAUUUCAUUGUCAAUGCAAAAGGAACAGAGGAUCAUCUCCUGGGCAUUUUAAAGGGCACAAAAAAAUCCAAAUGGCUGAAAUCAUUCUUGAAUGCAAAGAGUUUCACACCCUGUAUUGAAACAUACUUUGAAGAUGAAGAUCAACUGGAUGAGGUGGUGAAAUAUCUACAAGAAAUCUAUAAACAAAUAGAUCAGAAGAUGCUAACUCUGAUAAAAGAUGACAAAAUCAAGUUUAUCUUGGAAGUUCUUCUACCAGAAGCAAUUAUUUGCUCAAUUUCUUCUGUUGAUGGCUUAGAUUAUGAGGCAGCUGAGGCAAAGUAUCUAAAGGGACCAUCCCUUGGCUAUAGGGAGAGAGAAUUAUAUGAUUCCAAAAUCAUAUUUGAAAAGAGACGGAGGUCGUUAGCAAAUGAAGCUCAUUAAUUGUGCCAAGAGUUGAAACCGUAAUCGAAGCUAGAUGAAACUUUGGAAAAGUAAUCACUCAAAAUUUCCAACAUGUAAAUAUUUGCUGAAAUGUUUGCAGGGGAGGGUUUUUGAAUCAUAAGUUCUUUUAUUUUUUGAAGAUCUGUGUGAUCUGCAGAUACCACUACAUCCAUCUUUAUUUUCUUGCGCUUUUUCAGAGUCAGCUUUGCCAAUAUAUUUUUAGCAGUUUAAUUUUCUAAUACAUGUUAGAAAGCAUAAUUCUUAAGAUAUUUUAAGGGAAACUACUAUUUUGUUCUAUGAUAUUUUUGUGUCUUUGCUGUAUAGGUAAAUACAGUAUGCACAUUCAGUUUAAUAAAGUUGCACUGGUGUUAGAUUUUAAACAGAAUUAGAAAAGAUGUCUAAAACAAAUAUCAGCUAUAUAUUUUUUGCUCAAUUUUUUUUAUAAAAUACUGAGUUUUCUCUUAAGAUAGCUGAAUUAUUUUUCCUGCCAUGCCUAUUUAUUUUUGGGAAAAAUAUCUCUAAAUCAUAGAACCAAAGAUAGACUAAAUGUUGCUAUAUAUUAUAACUAACCACAAUUGGUUUGCAAGAAAACAAUCUAAAAUUAAAAAGUAAAUGGGUUAUCUGCAUGUAAUCUGUGUGUGUGCGCGUGUGUGUAUAACAUCUCAGCAUGCAGAAAAUGAUUUUUGGCAUCCAUGAACAGAAUUGUUCAUUCUGCACUUCUCUGAAAUUCCAGUUUGAGGAGUGUCUGUCUUUCGAUGCCUAAUCACUUUUAAAAACAGAUUAGCUUCUGGCUAUCUUCAUAAUCGUGAGUAGGUCUUAUUUCUGUAGCUAUCUGAGCACAUGUAGAAGACAGUUGUUACAAUCAGCAUAUCAACAGUCCUGCCACUCUACAGUCCAGGGUUGCUGCUUCAAAGUCUAUCUAGUUCAACAUAAACUAGAAAAAGCAAGCACUGUGUUCAGAAUCCUGUCUCCAAAUAUAAAUUCAUUUGUCUCAAACCAAGCAAGCUUUAGCAUCUAGCUUAUUUAUAAAAUGGUUCCAAUUGGUUCCAAUAACAUAAAUGCCAACUGGUAAAUCAUUCCAACCUACUAGAUGGACCAGAAUCUGUAAAUUGGGGAAAAUGUUACAGCAAAAGUUCUUUCCUUGCUACAUGUGGCAGUUAUUCUGUAUAUGGUUACGUAUACAAAAUUAGUUGUUCUUGUAACUUGAAAUAAGAUUUUUUUUUAUAAGACGAAAUCUUAGAAAAGCUAGUAUAUUUAAAAAACUUGAUGUGAAAAGAUGUAUUAAGGGCUUAAUACAAACCUAUCUACAUUUUUACCUCAUAGAGUGAGACAACUUUCACUCUUGGGCUCUUUUGUGUUCAUUUCACAUGGCUAUAUGUUUAUGUACAAUUUGCAAAACUUUGGUAUUUGAUUUAUAAUAAAAAUGAUUAUAUCCUUCACCUUAGAUGUUCAUUUCGCUUUAGUUGUAUAGCAACAUUGUGGUGUUUGUGUAAAUUAAUAUAUGUACACACACAUAUAUAUAUGCACACACACAAUUUGUUUAAAACUUUUGCUCAUUGUUAUCAUUUAAUUCUUGUUAUAAAUUGUCAUUCUAAAUAAAUGCCCACUUUCAUGAUUGA